CGGAGAGGAACGAUCGGCCUGAUCUGAGCUGAGCUGGAGACCCAGGCCUGAAUUGAGACUGAGAAUAGAAAAGCCUCAUUUGACUUGGUAAUAUGAUCUUAUGAUUUGAUUUUGCUGAAAGAUUGCUGUGAAGACUUGAAUUGGAUCGAGAACGAAUCUCACUGUUGAUUUGGAAGGGACACCUCGUGAAAGGGACACCCCGUGAAACGGACAAAAAGAACACAAUGGACAUGUCUGUCGAUACACAAGCACAGGGCUUCUCUCAAUCGCCGUCCCGAAAACGCUCCUUCCACGAGACGGAAAAUACCGCUGUCCCGUCAGACCCGAACGCAGAACAAGAGAACACCAGCCCAUCAUUCGAGAAGGAGCAGGAGAGUGGCGUGAGCGGAGAGGCUGUCGGUCCAUCAGAAAGCAUUCUCAGUCCUAUACCUGCACCUAACACGAACAUGAACAUGAACAUGAACACGGAAACGACUCCCACGCCAACUACGCCGUCUACAGGCCCACCGAACAAGAAACGCAAGUUAUCACCGGCUAGCAAGGCAGCAAAGGCACAAGAAAAAGAAGCCAAGGAGCGCCAACGGGUCGAAGAAAAGGCAAAGAAGGAGGAGGAAAAACGGGUCCGCGAUGAAGAGAAGAAGAAACGGGAUGCCGAGCGAGAAGAGGAAAGAAAGCGCCGGGAGGAGCAGCGUAAAGUGAAGAUGGAGGAGAAGGCGGCCAAGGAUGCAGCCAAGGAAGAGGAGAAGAAGAAGCGAGAGGAUGAGAAGAGCAAGAAGGAACGGUCACAAAUGAGGUUGAAUGCUUUCUUCGCCAAACCGACCGCUUCUUCACCUGUCAACCCUACCAGCUCGCCUAAGAAGACACCCGCGAAUAAAAGCAUGCCCCAGGCAGAUGAAGAGAUGACACCCGUCAUGUCUGAUUACCAGCGUGAAUUUCCCGAGUUCUUCGUGCAGUCGCAUACCACGCUGGCACCUAUGCACCGGUUCGAGCGGGACGCCGAGGCCCUGCAGCACCUGUGUGCGACGGUUGAUGCGGGCCUGCGUAUUGCGUCGUCGUCGUCGUCGCCGCCGCAGGUCCCAACCGUAUUUCGCCCGUCAGAGCUGUUCCAUCUUAUACCCUAUCGUCGUCGUCUGGGUCGAAAUGUCAAGUCUGUGAAGAACAUCCUGAUCGAGAUGCAGAAUGAGAACCAUGAUGUUACUCCGGCUGUGGAGGAGGAGAAAAAGACAAAGACUCGAGUAAACCUGCAGGACCUGCUGCGCAGGGUACCGAUGAAAACUUUUCGGUUCGGCGAGGACGUGCGCCCCCCGUACCAGGGCACAUUCUCCAAACCCGUCCCUGAUAAGACAGCAAUGCGACUGUCUCGUAACCCUUUCCGCCGUGAGUUACCAGAGACCAACUACGACUACGACUCGGAGGCGGAGUGGGAAGAACCCGAGGAAGGCGAGGACUUGGACUCAGAGGAAGAGGAAGAAGGCAGCGAUGACGGGGAGGACGACAUGGACGGCUUCUUGGAUGAUGAAGAGGAUGGGUUGGCUGCCGGGGCGGAUGGGAAACGGCGGUUGAUCGUCGGCGAUCUGGAGCCGGUGUGCAGCGGUCUCUGCUGGGCAGACGACCACACCACCACCCCCGAUGAAUUCCAAGCGUACCGCAUCGAGACCACUGCUGAGAAUGUGCGGUUCCCGAUCGAUCCGUUUUCCACAGCGUACUGGGAGAAACCUCGGCCGGCCGACCAGCCACCACCGCCUCCCCUCUUCCCGUCUGCUGCUGCUGCUGCUGCUGCUACUACUGCUGCUGCUGGAGGAGUAGGGGGAGGAACAGGACCCUCUGGCCGGUCGACGCUGCACGCGUACGCGGUCAACUCGUCGGCGCAGGCGUCGCGAGGGAUGUCGAACAUCGCAACGCUCGCGACGGGCCGCGUGAAACGACCGUUUCCCCCGGAACAGCUGGCGGAGUUCAAGGCGGCGGUGGAUGGCAGCGACUUGACCAAGGCGGGUUUAAUAGAGGUCUUAAAGAAGCGAUUUCCUAAGGUAUCCAAAGACGUGCUACGGGAGACGCUGAAUAGUGUGGCGGUGCGCGUGGGCCAGAAGGAAGCCGAUAAGAAGUGGUGUAUACAGAGUGUCUAACCAUAGGAUGCAGAGUAGUCUCCGAAUAUACUCCGUACUUCGAUCGAUUCGAC